AUGGCUGAAGCGGGACCCCUGUGGAUAUGGAUGCUUGGUGCGCUCAUCACAGCCCUGAUUCUGGGGGUCGCAGAGCCAGUUCUAGCCCUUGAAGAUGUUUCCUGCGACAAUCCCGCCUCCGGGGCGUCUUCCGAGAAAACCCGGGAGUUUGAAGCGGACGCUGGAGAUACUCGGAGCGACGAAGACAGCAGCACCCGCAUCCUCAACGGGUCGGAUUGCCCUUUGCGCUCGCAGAGGUGGCAGGCGGCGCUGAUGAUGAGGCCGAACCAGCUGUACUGCGGGGCGGUGCUGGUGGCUGAGCGGUGGCUGCUCACUGCUGCCCACUGCAGGAAGAACGGUACCCGCAUCUUCCUUGGUCGACGUUCCCUGUCAACCAUCUUCGAAUCUGGGCAGCAGAAGCUCCGGGGAAUCAAGUCCAUCCCCCACCCCGGCUACUCACACCCUCACCACUCCAACGACCUCAUGCUCAUAAAGAUGAAUAGGAGAGUUCGUGAGAACCAAAACAUCCAGGCCAUCAACAUCUCCUCCCAGUGUCCAAAGGCAGGGACCUCUUGCUCGGUCUCUGGCUGGGGAACAACCAGCAGCCCCAAUGUGAACUUCCCCAAGACCCUCCAGUGCUUGAACAUCACGGUGGUGAGCCAGGAGAAGUGCAGCAAUGACUACCCGGGCCAGAUAGACCAGACCAUGUUCUGUGCCGGGAACCAGGGGGGCCGAGACUCCUGCCAGGUGGAUCAGGCUCACGGCCGCUGCAGGUUCAACAUGGCCGUUCGGUCCUGCAUGCCCCCACCCCCCACCACCCCGACAAGGGUCGCUGCGUCUGAGCCCCAUGUUGCAGUACCUGGGACUGUGCAGCCAUAUGGCUGA